AUGGCCUUAGCAAAUUAUGAAUUCGUAGAGUUUUUUCCUGAAUGUAACAAAAUUAUUGAUGGAUAUGUUUCUGGAGAAAAUUGUCACCAGGUUUUUUAUGAUGAAUUUUUUGAUCAACACAAUAUUAGUAAUAUUAAAUUAGAUAAGAAAAAAUGCUCUGCAGCUAUGUCUUAUUUAAUUUAUAUUGAUUAUAAUAACAUUCUUCCUAACAUAUCUAAAAAAUCAGGUUUUUCGUAUUUUUAUUAUUGGAUACACAAUGAACUUAAGAGCAUAAACAAAAGAGAGAAUACUCAAAAAGUUUAUAAAGCAUUUAUAAAAGAUCAUAAUCGUAUUUAUACCAUCCAUGAUUACGAUAAGUAUAAAGAAAUUUUUUUUAAUGACAAUGAACUAGAAGAACUCAAAACAUUGUAUGAUAUGUAUAAAUGUCUUCAUAAUAUAAAGGAUAUUGGUAUAUCUAAUGAAGAAACUAGUUUUUGCAAUACAGUAUUGUCAUAUUUCAGCGCAUAUAGUACAUGUUUUAGAAGUGAAAUAAAAAUGAUAAAAAAUAAGUGGAAUAAUAUUGAUGAAGAACUAGGUAUAUUAGAACCCUCUGAAUCAUUCAAUAGUAAUACAAAGUGGAUGUACAAUAUAUUAUAUAAUUCUGAUUAUAUUUUCUAUUUAAUAAAUAAUUUAGAGUUAGCGUUUCUUUUAAACCUCAUUUAUAUAUUUCGGAGCAUACCACAAUGA